AUGGAGGGCGAGAGCACGUCGGCGGUGCUCUCUGGAUUUGUGCUCGGCGCGCUCGCCUUCCAGCACCUCAACACCGACUCAGACACGGAAGGUUUUCUCCUUGGGGAAGUGAAAGGUGAAGCCAAGAACAGCAUAACUGAUUCCCAGAUGGAUGAUGUUGAAGUUAUUUAUACAAUUGACAUUCAGAAAUACAUUUCAUGCUAUCAGCUUUUUAGCUUUUAUAAUUCUUCCGGUGAAGUAAAUGAGCAGGCACUGAAGAAAAUAUUAUCAAAUGUCAAGAAGGAUGUGGUUGGUUGGUACAAAUUCCGACGUCAUUCAGACCAGAUCAUGACAUUUAGAGAGAGACUGCUUCACAAAAACUUACAGCAGCAUCUUUCAAGCCGGGAACUUGUUUUUCUGUUACUAACACCAAGUAUAAUAACAGAAAGCUGCUCUACUCAUCGGCUGGAGCACGCCUUAUAUAAACCUCAGAAAGGACUUUUUCAUAGGAUACCUUUAGUGGUGGCCAAUCUGGGCAUGUCCGAACAACUGGGUUAUAAAACUUCAUCUGGUUCCUGUGCAUCGGCUGGUUUCAGUCGAGCAGUAAAAACACACAGCUCUGAAUUUUUUAAAGAAGAUGGAUCUUUAAAGGAGGUACAGAAGAUAAAUGAAAUGUAUACCUCUUUACAAGAUGAAUUAAAGAGUAUAUGUGAAAAAGUAGAACACAGUGAGAGAGCCGUAGAAAAACUACUAAAUGAUGUAAAUAGAUUAAAAGGAGAAAUUAAAAAAAGAAAACAAGCACAGAUGCAAGCAACACGAGAGAAGAAUGUCGAAAAAGACCCUCAGGAGAAUGUUUUGCUUUGUCAAGCUUUACGGACCUUUUUUCCGGAUUGUGAACUUCAUUCAUGUGUUAUCUCCUUGAAAAAUAGGCGCAUUUCUGGAAGUAACUGUACUACCACCCACCCUCUCGGUGGGGUAGACAACCUAACCCUAAUGGUGGAAUACACAGACUUUCCUGAAGCUAGUCCAGCUCAUAGUGCCCUGCCGGUGACCAAGCGGAAAGCCUCAGACACAGAUGAUGGGUGGCAGUUCAAGAAGUCACGGCUAGGAGAGAUACAGACCAGACCCUCUAAAACAGACAGCAAUAGUAGUAACCAAGAAAAAGCAUCCACAGUGAGCAGCCCAGAAACAGAUGAAGAGUUUGAGAGAAUGAAGGGUUCUGGUGAAUAUCCAGAGUCUCCUACCUUCUGA